UGUUAGAUAUCCUCGCCAAGAGUGUCAAACGAAAUUUUCUGUUCUUUCUAAAUAUUUGAAGCAAUAUUUGUAAAAAUAACAACUUUUUAAACACACGCCUAUUUUUAUAGACAUUUAAGAGUAGAUAAUAACUUAUUUAAUAAAAACAUAAAAUGAGCCGCAAUUCUAAUAGUUCUAAUGAAUUUGGAAAUUUUCAAACUGGGAAAAAUAACAGUAACAUUGACAAUGACUCCACUACCAAUGUCGCAACUUACGACAAAUCUCAAUCAUUAGUGGAUAUUGCCAACAAUACAUUCAAAGAAUUAUGCCGCACUCUAGAGAAAGAGCAGUCUAAACUCAUGGAAUUAGAGGAGCGUCGUAAAAAACUACAGGAAGAAAUGUUACGUUUAAAACAAGAAAUUGAAGAGGAGAAACACAGUUACCGACUAAAUCUUGUGGAAUCGUUGACAGAAAAUGCGGAAGCAAUGAGCACCAGAAGUAAGGAAGACUUCGAAAAUGAUAAUAUGGAAAAGGACGAAGAUUCGGGUUCCGAAUUCAAAAGUAAACUAUAUACAUGCUAUGAAGAUGAUGAGGUUGCUAUCGGCGAAGGUGCGACACAUGUUAGCUACUUAGUUGAAGAAGAAGAAAGCAAACAUCCGAAUGACAUUGCCCUUAGCAUUCAGAAAAAAUUGCAGGGCGUAGUUGCUGAAUGCGUUAUUGAACAGUGCAAUUAUGUUGAUCCUGAUAAAGAGGUGGGAACUUUGAAUAAAACAUCGCCUUAAACAAG